AUGGAUAACGAUUCUAAAGAAAUUUUGAAUGGAAUUAAUCUACGAUUGAAUGAUAUUGAUCUGAAACUAUCAUUUGUUCUGGAACUGCUCACAAAUCGACUACCAGAAAAAUCGUCGAGAGAACAGCUGACAACACUACAGCUUCUGCAAUCUCAAUCACAUGAAAUGAUGAGUGAUCGUAGAAAUAUCAGCAGCUUCCCAGGUUCAAAAGAUCAGCGACAAGAGCAGACAUCAGCAUUUGCCGUAGAAGAUACGGUUGGUGAAAUAGCCUUCGGCAACACUGUUCCAUCGUUGCAAGUGGACAACAAUGAAAAAUCGGUUCAGCGACUGCAAGAUGAUAUAUUACCAGAAACGUCGUCCAUUUCGACUAGAGGAAGAUCAACAGCUGGCGUCACGGCAAUCAACGAUAGCGAAGGCGACGAGGAAGAAGUUGAUGAUUAUGACGAUGAGUUGGAUGAGGAUGUUGCAACAACAAACCAGGAUCGUGAGGUGAAAAUAAUUCAUGCAGAAAGCAAUUUUCCUGAAGGAGCGGUACGACGAGCUGCCGAAAAGGCAGCAAGAAGUUUUCAAAGUACUCAACCAAAAGUUUUUGCAUGGCAAAUAUUACGAGAAUCGGUUACUGAUCAAGAAUUGCGAAAUGUGCAUAUAUCCUUGAGAACAUUUCAUGGUGAAACUGCAGAGCAUCUCUUAUCUCGGCAAUUACCAAAGAUACGUCUGGUAGUGGAAGCAACAAUGUCCUAUUUCAAAUGGGAUCAACUGAGUGAUGAAAAUCAGUUAACCAAAGCUAAACUCUUAUUAAGUCAUCUAAAAAAUAACGCUAAGGUUCGGAAUUGGACUCUUAGAGAAGGACGUCCGAAUCGGAUAUCGAACACGAUGGAUGCGGUAUGGAAACGUUAUGCAGCUUUACUUGGACAAACCGGCCUUGCUACGGUCGGUUUAUUACCAAGCCAUAUAAGUCAGCUCAACCGAUGA